UAACAAUAUACUUACAAAUAUAAAAAGACAUAAACAGAAACAACCAAAUUAAAGCCUCAAACGAAAUAUAAAAAGACACAGCAGCAUAACAUACAAACUUAAUUAUUGCACAUUUAUGUUACAACAAAAACCUGAAACAGAUUUCUCAUGCAGAAGUUGUGGCCACUAAGUUGUUCUUGCACGCCGGUUUCCACGGCUCCUCCUUUUAAUUCUUUUGCCUCCAAAGAUGAUCACAAGCCAUUGAGGUUUUCCAAUUGAGAAAACACAGCAUCCCAAGCCAAUUCCAAAUACCAUUCCACAUGCAUAUCCUAUUGCCACUGGUUUCCAACCAAAUCCAAACUUGUCUUCAGCCUCAGAAGAUGGAUAUUGCUGUUGAGGGACAUUUUUGUUGCAUUGAAUUGACAAUGGAAAUCCACACAGCCCCAUGUUUUCCUCAUAGGAAUCGUUUGACCAUCACCAUCUUCCUCUGACCAAAACCCCAAAGUUACACACUUUCCCUCACUACCCAACGAUCCUUCCUCCUCUUCAGGUCCAAUUCGCACCACCGAGAACGUUCCUUCUGGUGCGAAGAGCCACGCCGAAGCGCUAUGUGCAUUGUGCAAGAGCAUGAAUGGGAAAGCAUUGAGGGAUUACAUUGGGGAGAAUAUGAGGGACAAGGCUGUGAUCAAGGCUGAGCUUAGGACUGCGUUGAAGCUUGCACCUGAUCCUGCUGAUAUGGUUCUGGCUUCCAUGGAUGGGAUUUUUGGUGGUGAAGUUGCGGCUAGGUAUACUUUGGAAAUGAAGAAAAUGAAGAGGAGUUGCAAUGUGUUGUUCCAGCAGCUGAGGGCUGUGGGUCCCAAUCUGAGUGACAAAGUGAAGAAGAAGGCGAAGAAGAUUGCUGAUGAUUGGAAAGGAAGCUUGGUGAGUGAGAAUGGUGCUGGUGGUGAUGCAGUGGGCGCAAUGGCUUUCUUGCAUUUUGCGGCUGCUUAUAGUUUGCUUCCUGAGCUGACACUGAAUGAGCUUGCCACUUUCUCGGCUAUGGCUGCUGCUAAUGAUGAGCUCCCUGAGCUGUACCAGAUCAUUGGUUUGACCGAGAAGGUUCCCGCUCUUGUUCAGAAGCUUAUAGAUAAGGGCAAACAUAUUCUGGCUGUGAAGUAUGUUUUUGAGUUUAACCUUACUGAUAAGAUACAACCGGUUCCCAUAUUGGAAGCUUAUCUCAGUGAGUCUCAAAAACUUGCUCGAAGACUUUCUGAGGAAGGGAAGUCAAUGGGUGAGAUCACAGCUAGAGAAAUCCACGCGCUGAAAUCAGUAAUCAAGGUUAUCGAGAAUCAUAACCUUGAUGCUGAAUAUCCCCGUGCAGGCCUUGAACAGCGUAUAGAGCAAUUGAAGAAGCAGAAGCCAAAUGUAAAGCAUUCCACACCAGCUUUUGCUAGAAAGCCUCCCCAGCACAAGCAGCAACAUAGUGGAAACAAGCGUCCUCAAAUGUCUGCUCCAGCUGGGCCAGCAGCAGUCCUGAAUAAUGUCAACAGUGCUGGUUCAACCAUCCAUCAGUACCAACAACCUCACUUCCAUUCAACAGGUUUGUUGCCAGAAAAUUCAAAUCCAUACAUGAGAGCCACGCCUUAUGGCAUGGUGGCCCCAGCCCCAAGCAUCUCACCUUACCAAGGUGCUUCAACUGGGCCUUAUGGUCUUGCUGGUGUCCCAAUGGGUCCCAGUGUGAACCCUGGUCAAAGUGGUUCUCAUCUGAAUUCUUCCGAGCCACAUGUACCAUCUGGUUAUUAUGAUGGUACUGCCUCUGCCUAUGGUGGUUAUGGUCUGCAACAUUAUUACCAACCAUCUUAUCCCCAGUAGACCAAGAGCUUUCUUUUUGGUAUUAUAGUUUCUCGGUGACUUGUUUUGCUGGAAUUUGGUUAUGAUAGCGUUGCUUGCUUUGUUGACCUCCGUGGUCAUCGGACAAGAACUAGAUACAGUAAUUAAGACUUGCAAGGGAAUGUUUAGUUUCACAAUUUUUAUUCCUUAUAACAUUUUACGUCUACAGUUUUCCUUUUAGGUUAAAUUUUGAAUUAUGGUCUUUAGACUUCUCGGUGGUUGCAUUUUUCCACUCCCUAGCUUGCUUUUUCUUUUUUCGGCUAAGAAAUGGUUUGGAAAAUAAAAGCCUCUCAAAUAGAAAGUUUCCUUAGUUGUA